AUGCAGCGGACGGUGGUCACCAUCAACAGCAAUGGCCGCCAGUCGGCGAGCUUCAUUCGCGUGGCCUCGGCCCUGGGAUGGCAGGUACGGGCGCAAAUGAAAGAGCUCAACGGCCUCGUCGCAGAAGAGAUUUCCCAGUUGCCCAAUGUCACCGUCUACGUCGGCCGCCUCGAAGACCGCAAGUUCCUCGACGAUUUGUUCAAGAGCGCGCAGUGUGCCUUCAUCAACACGACGCAUUGGGGAGACGAGGUUGCCAUCGGCAGAGCGCUUGCCGAUGCCGCCAAAAAGGCCGGCAUCCAGCACUACAUCUACAGCAGCAUGCCCGACCAUUCUGUGUUUGGCAAGAACUGGAGAGCGCUCCCCCUGUGGGCACCAAAGUUCACUGUCGAGCAGUACAUCCGCCAAAUUGGACUGCCGGCAACUUUUGUCUACUGCGGCAUCUACCACAACAACUUCACCGGUCUCGACUUUCCUCUUUUCCGCAUGGAGCACCAGAACGACGGCAGUUUCGUAUGGCGAGCACCUUUCCACCCCGACCAGAAGCUUCCGUGGCUUGACUCGGAGCACGACAUUGGCCCCGCCAUCUACCAGCUGUUCAAGGAAGGACCACGAAAGUGGAAUGGUAAACGCAUCCCGCUAGCCUUUGAAGUCUUGACCCCGAAGGAAGUCUGCAGGGCCUUCAGCCGCGGUCUGAGACGACCCGUCCAGUACAAGCGGGGGCCUAUUGUGAUCCAUUGCCCUACUCCCGUCGGAUACCGUGAGCAUCUCUCGGCACUGGAGUCGACGCUGGCAGAAAGCGCAGCUCCCUACUUCGGCCCUGAUCUUGAAAAGGACUGUCCCGGCGUCGCGCUCGAGCUCUGGGAAGGCAAUCGCGGCAUGGAAGAGUAUGCGCAAGAAGUGUUUCCGGUGGAAGAGGCCGCGAAUGGCCUGACCUGGAUGGAGGAGGGCGAGGUCUUUCCGCAUUUUAAUGGCGUUGUGGGUUUAAUUGAGCAGCUCAACCAGUCGCGGCUCUAG